GCUGCAUGCAGUGGUUGGGGAUUGGGGAAGCGGCACUGCAAGAUGCAAGAUGCCCCUCCUCCUCCACUUCGAGGGCUCCGCUCAUAACAACAACUGAAACGCUGUCAUACCCUCAGCUGCUACUAACUGCUCUCUCACACCAUCAUUCCCCAAUAAUUCUCACCUGUCCACAGCUUACAGUUGUUGGCUUUGAGGCCCUCAGAAAGACACAUCCCUUCACAGCUGCCACGGUACCAAACCCGGCACACUGUCGCCGCUUGUUGAAGCGGUUGACUCACAACUAACUGAACGAUACCUCAUAUCCCCCCUCCCCUGCGCUACGAUUUAUUCACUGCAAACUGUCGCAUCAUGAUUGAGCUCCCUCUCGACCACGGCUCGCUCGAGCACCUCCUCCCGGCCUCCUGGAAGACGCAGAUCACCGCCUGGCUCGCCGAGGACACCCCUUCCUUCGACGUAGGCGGCUUUGUGGUCGGCGACGAGCCACGUACGGCCACGCUCUGGGGCAAGUCGUCCGGCAUCCUCGCCGGCAUCCCCUUCUUCAACGAGGUCUUUGCUCAGUGCGGAUGCACGGUCGAGUGGCACUCCCGCGAGGGCUCUCACAUCGAGACGCACCAUGGCGGCAAGACGGCGCUGGCGACGGUGCGCGGACCCGCGCGGGGCCUGCUGGAGGGCGAGCGUGUGGCGCUCAACAUCCUGGCCCGGUGCUCGGGCAUCGCGAGCAUGAGCCGACGGCUCCUGGUCAACCUGCGCAGCGCGGGCUACAAGGGCAUUCUGGCCGGCACGCGCAAGACCACGCCGGGCUUCCGGCUGGUGGAGAAGUAUGGUAUGUUGGUGGGCGGCGCGGACACGCAUCGUAUGGAUCUGAGCACCAUGACCAUGCUCAAGGAUAACCACGUGUGGAGCCGCGGCAGUAUCACCAAGGCCGUCCAGGCUGCCAAGGCGGCAGGAGGGUUUAGCGUGAAGGUUGAAGUCGAGGUGCAGAGCGAGGAGGAGGCCGAUGAAGCCAUUGCCGCCGGCGCCGACGUUGUCAUGCUCGACAACUUCACUGGUGAUGGCGUCAAGGUGACGGCGCGGAGCCUCAAGGAGAAGUGGAAGGGCAAGAGAGAGUUUCUGCUUGAGGUGUCAGGGGGGUUGACCGAGGACAACGCCGAGCGCUACAUUUGCAACGAUGUGGAUAUCCUUUCUACAAGCUCCAUACACCAAGGCGUACGUCACAUUGACUUCUCGCUCAAGAUCAAUGUAGAUAAAGGAGAUGCCCCGGGGAUGCCGAGUUAAAACAUGACAAAUGGGAAACACGAGCCUUGCUGUGUCAGCCUGUUGAGACAUCGUCCACCCGAAAAUCACGAAAUUACCAUGCCAUGUCAUCUGCAUGGCCUUUCUUUCCACAUUCGGUUCUGUAUGUAGGUGCUACGUCUCUUACUUUCCUGGUAGCGUUAGUGGAACAAGAUUUAUCGGCGACUACACCGCUUCUUGCUGCAGAUCGCCUCUUGCUUCUCUGGGCAUCAAUGCGAGCCCACUCCUAGUAUUAGGUGCAGCGGGAGGGGAUGGCCCCGGUGAACGUCGCUGGUUCCAGUAUUAUGGAAAGGGGGACCUGAAACUGUUAAUGCCCACGUGGCGACCGGGACCGGGCUUUAAUCAACUACCUGUACAAGCCUUAGU